CUCCCCUCGGAGAAAAAAAAAGUGCCUGCUGGAUGGAAUAGUCUAGUUGACAUGAUCGGUCUGCUGAGAUUUUCCAGUUUAUAUGCUGCUUAGUUUUUGACUUUCCUUCAAUCUGCGGAAAUGAAUACAGAGGUCGAAAACUGUAUUAGAAAUAGUUAUCAAUAUCCCAAGCUUCCAGCAAAUGUUAAGCAGAUUCUGGGGAAUUCAAGUAAAGAAUAUGAAAAGCAAGUUGUCAAUUUUAGUAUCAAGAACCAGCUUCGUUAUCGUGGUAACUUAGUGAAGCAGGUGAGAAAAGAUGAAAAGAAAUAUUAUGAGGAGCUCUUAAAAUACAGUAAUGAACACCUGAUGCUGUACCCUUACCACCUGUCAGACAUAAUGGUGAAAGGGCUACGUAUUACCCCUUUCACCUACUACCAUCGGAUGAUGCAUGACACCAUGUCGGGAGAGCGGAGCUAUGAUUCGUUACCCAAUUUUACUGCUGCUGACUGUUUGCGUCUUCUUGGAAUUGGAAGGAACCAGUACAUUGAUAUCAUGAAUCAAUGCAGAUCAUCUCGGAAAUUCUUCCGCAAGAAGCCCAUUAAAGACUUGUUACCAGUUUCACCAAUUGACUCUUUUCCAAUUGAACACUGGUGGAUAUCACAGGUUGGGUACAUUACAGAAGAGGACAUCAAGUCAGUUUCCAUUGGAGAAAAAGACAUUAUUGACAAAGUGAUUGAUGUUGGACCAAUGAAGACUGGAGAACUUGAUUAUUAUUUAGUACAAAAAUUAUAUAGGAGAGGUUUGAUAUACAUGGAUGUUCCGAUUGAAGAUGACGAUUGCAUAGUUGUACCACCACUGGAAGGUUUUGUAAUGAACCGCGUCCAAGGGGACUAUUUUGAAACUCUCCUUUACAAGAUAUUUGUGUCGAUUGAUGAGCAUACAACAGUAGCUGAGCUUGCCAACGUGUUGGAGAUUGAUCUAAGGCUGGUGAAGAAUGCUGUGUCCAUGUACUGCCGUCUUGGGUUUGCCAAAAAGAAAGGGAAAGAAACGGACCCUGAUAGCCUACACCCAUCAUGGAACGAACCUUUGAAUGCCAUGGCUAACAAGAAGCCCACAGUACAUGAUGAUCUUCUGUUGAUAGACUGGACUGCUGGGAUUAAUGACAAGCCUCCCUCUGCUGAGAACUCUACCACUGCAUCAGAUACAGCCAGUGUAGAUGAAUCAGGUGAAGACAGGAUGUACCCAACAGGACUAGGCAUCGAUCUGCUAAGGUGUGAGAGUUUGCUGGGCCUAGAGCCGGCUACUUGCUCAAGAGUACUGCAGAAGAAUUAUGAAUUACUGGUAUCCAUGGCACCACUCAGCAAUGAGAUCCGUCCGGUAAGCAGUUGCACUCCGCAACAUAUAGGACCUGCAAUACCAGAGGUAAAUUCUGUGUGGUUCAAGCUGUUCCUGUAUUGUAACAUUGGUAGUGGACCUUUAACUCUACUUCUUGUCAAGGGCUCAAGAUUAAGGUGUUUACCUCAAAUGUUCCAGGAGUAUGACCGGUUACUGAUCACCACAUGGGGUCAUGACCCUGGAGUGGUAGCAACCUCCAACGCUCUACUAACAAUCAAUGACGCCCUUUCUCAUUCCGCUGUACUUAUCCAGGCUCAAGGCUGGUUGACAGAUGGGGAGACCACUUGUAUACCUUUCCCCCUGCCAGCCGACUCAAAGCAAGGUGAAUUUGGGAAGGAGUGUAUGCACGUUCACAGUGCAAUCAGCAAGGCAUCAAACCUACUUGAUCUGAAGCACUCCUGUGGUUACAUAACGCUUCUAAAUACCGGAAAAGUGAUGUUGAAACAACGCCGUAAGAUGCCCAAUAAAACUUCGUCCCGCAGCUCAACAAACAGCAGUAGCAGCGAUGUACGUGUCAUGCAGGAAUUGACAGACGCGGCCAAAGAUCUGGACCAGUCAAGUUCAAACACGUCCCUGGCAUCGCGGGAGAAGCUGUCGUUGGACGUUGAAGGUGGUUGCUGUGACAACGAAACUGAGGAAUCCGAGUGGGUUUUACUCGAUCUGUUUUUUGGUGUUCCUUUGUUUGAUGAUGCCGUUAAUCAGGAAGUCUGUCGCAAGAUGGCCGACAACAAGCUUUGCCACAAAGAUAGUUUAUCAGAAUUACUUCAAUCAAGUCGUCGCUUGUCCAUACAGCUAUUAAAUUUUAUCGCAGAGAAACAGGAUUUACCUGUGAUUCCAGACCUACCACUAGACUCUAGUGUUGCAGGCACCAUCUCAUCAGCCUUCAACUCCCCUACAGUUUCCUAUCCAACCAAAAACCUACUGUUUGAUGGCACUGUGCUAAAGGAAUGGGCUGUAAGGUAGAUAAUCCCCUCCCAAUCUGAGGGGGGGGGGGGUCGUAGUGAAUUGUGUUAACUUGGAAAGAGGCUGGGCUAGCAAUGUUUAUCAUAAAAUGUAAGAUGACGAUAUACAGAUAUUUUAUAGGCAGUCUGCUCAUUUAUUCAGUACAAUCAUAGCCGUAACAUAUUUUAUUAUUUAUGGACUUAGUCUGUAUAUAAACUGUUUUAUUGUACAUUUUCUGCUGAUUAAAAAGAGUGAAGAAUUAAUAGUAUAAUUAAACAUCAUUCCCCUAAUUGCAUUUCUUGUUGUAUAGAUGGCUUGGGAAAUGAAUCAUAUUG